AGUCUCCUUCAGAUAGGGCUGUGGAUGAUAUUAAAUCCACUAGCAUCGCCCUAAAUAUAGGCCUGGUUGAUUCCCAGAGCCAUUGAUAAUAAACUGGAACAUCUACUGCACACGAAAAUACUAUGAUUUAUAAUCAAUAUUGACUUUAUAGGGGAUAAAACCUACAUUAAAGGGAACAUGUAAACUACCAACGGGUCAAGUUUUCAUUUGUUCGAGAAACGAGCGUCUUUUAAUGAAGGCACUUGCUUGUUUCUGAAUGCUAAGAUCGUAAUUCUGUGGAAUAAAAGCACCUUUACUUAACUUGGCACUGGACAAGGACACCUUUCUCAAAGGGACUUUUUCUUUUUUACGAGUCAGCUCGCUAGCAGUCGAGCAUUAGCUAGCGGUGCUAGCUAAAUUCAGACGGAGACGACAUCACAAUGUUCCGAUGCUUGGUCGGGAUCCUUUUCCUCCACUGACUCUUUAAAGUACACAGUCUACAGCACCGGACAACCACCGUGGCGUUGCUCUGCUUGGCCGAACUAUGGUGUCGAUUUCGGUGGAAUGAAUUGGCGUUGAGGAGGACUGGACGUGAGCGGCCUGGUCUGUUGAUUUGUGUUUGUUUUCUUGCAGUUUGUGCUUAGUAACGUAAAACUUGUUGUCUGGGAUUGGAGGAGCUCUACUGGUCCCCUGUGAAUGAAUUGCCUGGACCACCGAGGCCCAGUCGCAGCCGAGGUACCGACGCCGGCGUAAGGGAUGCCUGGCUCGGACCGACACCAUGGGACCAAGAAGAAGCCGGAAUCUAGCGGUGCGCUCCACCAGACCCAGGCCUCGACUCACACUUCUGCAGUCGACAAGACUAGCAAGGACGGUAACGUGCAGUUAAAAUCUCCAAUGUCCUCUUCCAAGCGCAAAAGGCACAAAUCAACCAAACAUAAUCGUGAAUUAUCGGCAGCACCGGGACCCGACGAUUAUACCCUCGGAGGUGCGGCGCCACCUGGUGUCCACACUGUGAAGCCUCUGGUGGAGUACGACGAUAUCAGCUCGGACUCGGACACUUUCUCAGACCCACCGUCCUCGAAGCCUUCUGAUAGGGGGGGCGGUGACCGACUCGAGCCCUCGCCGGACGACGAAAAGGACGACAUCGAAGGCGGCGAUAGAGAGAACAGGGGCCAACGACAAUACCGAAAAAAGUCAAAGGACCCGAAUAAAGUUAGAGACUCUGGAAAUGGAGAACGUGGGUACAAGAAAAAGAAUAGCAAAGACUGCGAGAAAGGGAGUGCAGGAAAGAGCAAGGAGAAGGCUGCGUCCUCUGGCCUCUCAUCUAAGCGCCAGGUCCAGCCAGAGGGGGACUCUAAACGCGGGGAGCCGAUGCUCUCCACCCAGGUACAGCCUGUAGCCAGUGUCGGUAGCACUACUUCCUCCACCUCCUCGUCUCGCAGCAAGGAGAGCAGCCGCUCGGGGAAGUCUCGCAAAGAUAAGCAACAACGGAAAGAAGGCCUGGGGGAGGGCAGCCGCAGCUCCUCCCAGAAGAACCGAGCGGACCGAAGCCACCGCAAGUCCUCCAAGAGCCACAAGUCGAGCCCUAAGGGCAAGGCUGCCGUUAGGGGAAGCCCCCGCAGGAAGGGCACCAGCUCCGCUCUGUCGCCCAGUCCCCGCAGAGGGGCGGGCAGCGAGAGUCCGCAGGGCAGCGGGUAUGGGCAGCAGGGGGAUGACAGCUACUCCCGACGGAGGGUGGCCCAGCAGAGCCCCAGUCCUUACGGGGAUAUGUCCCGCCGCAGCAGGCAGAGAUCCGACAGCCCCUACGGCAGCAGACACAGGUCCUCCAGCUAUGAGAGGGACAGCAGCCCCUACUCGAGGAGACGCUCCAACAGCCCCUACGGCGCCCGCCGGUCCUCCAGCACCAGCCCCAUGUCACGGCGGUCUGGCCGCUCCAGGAGUCGUUCCCCUCUCCACUACUCGUCUUCUCGUCGCUCCCCCUCUCGUUCCCGUAGCAAGAGGCACACUUCCUCUGUUGCGGCGGGGGCCAGCUCCCACAGCAGCCGACCAACUAGCCGCUCUCCUCCCCGCCUGCCCCUUAACUCCAGCCUGGGAGCAGAGCUGAGCCGCAGGAAGAAGGAACGGCAGGCUGCUGAGGCGGCGGCCCGUGCUAGUAGUGGUGCUUCCACUCCUCCACCUGCACUGGCGCGUAAAUCUGCAACCCCCGCCUCCUUGCGGCCAACUAAAGCCGCAGCUCCUCAGCCAGAAAGAGACUCGGCAGCAGCAGAACCUCUGCCCCCACCACCUGUGCCGUUACCCCAGGAUGCUCCCAGUGGUCAAGAUUUGGUUACUGCACCUCCGCCUUCCUCUUCCACCUCCUCGCCUGCACCGCCUCAGCCCUCCCCUCCUUUGCCACCCGCUCCAGCCACCCAGGUUCCUCCACUGCCACUUCAGGCAGAAACGACUGUCCAGCCUCCUACACCCAUAACCACAGCCCAGGCCGUAUCGCCAGCUCCGCUUCCGACACGCAGCCCGGUCCGCCAGAUGCCGCUCCACAAGACGUCGACUCUUCCUCUCCUGCCUUUACCACCCGCACUGCUCGGAACCACUCAGGACAGUCCAAAGAAGUCCACACCUCCUCACAGGCCAUCCAGGAAGGAGAAGGAAGUCCGCAGCCGGCCAUCACUCAUCGACCUUCCUUUACCACCCACCCUUUCUGGAGGUGACUCUUCACCCCCACAGUUCCCCAUCCACCAGCCCCCACCGCUACCCCAGGCAGUCCUUAAGAAGAGACCAAAGAUUUGCUGCGAGCGUUAUGGUGAGCGCAAACAUAACCAGAGCGACUGGGGCAAACGCUGUGUCGAUAAGUUUGAUAUCAUUGGCAUCAUAGGGGAAGGCACCUAUGGCCAGGUGUACAAAGCCAAGGACAAAAUCACUGGUCAACUGGUGGCUUUGAAGAAAGUGCGAUUGGACAAUGAAAAGGAGGGAUUCCCCAUCACAGCCAUUAGAGAGAUCAAGAUCUUGCGGCAGCUCAAGCACCGCAGUGUCGUCAACAUGAAGGAGAUAGUCACUGAUAAGCAGGAUGCACUUGACUUUAAAAAGGACAGAGGUGCAUUUUACCUGGUGUUUGAGUACAUGGACCACGACCUGAUGGGCCUGCUGGAAUCGGGCCUGGUCCAGUUCUCCCAUCAGCACAUCCGCAGCUUCAUGCGCCAGCUGAUGGAGGGUCUGGACUACUGCCACAAGAACAACUUCCUGCACAGAGACAUCAAAUGCUCCAACAUACUGCUCAACAACCGAGGUCAGAUCAAACUGGCUGACUUUGGUUUGGCUCGGCUUUACAUUUCUGAGGAAAGUCGGCCGUACACUAAUAAAGUAAUCACACUAUGGUAUCGACCCCCUGAACUCCUGCUGGGAGAGGAGAGAUACGGUCCAGCCAUUGACGUAUGGAGCUGUGGGUGUAUUCUGGGAGAGCUCUUUACCAAGAAGCCCAUCUUCCAAGCUAACCAGGAGCUCCUGCAGCUGGAGCUCAUCAGCCGUCUGUGCGGGAGCCCCUGUCCUGCAGUCUGGCCUGACGUCAUUAAACUUCCCCUCUUCAACACCAUGAAACCCAAGAAGCAGUACAGACGGCGGCUGCGGGAGGAGUUUGCCUUUUUACCGACCCCUGCCUUGGACCUGCUGGACCGCAUGCUGACCCUCGACCCUGCACGGCGUUGCACGGCGGAGCACGCGCUCAGCAGCGACUUUCUGAGUAACGUUGAGCCCAGCAAGAUGCCGCUGCCAGAUCUUCCUCACUAUCAGGACUGCCACGAGCUGUGGAGUAAGAAGCGACGCCGUGCACGUCAGAGCGGGGUUCACGAGGAAGUGCCUGUGCCCAAAGUGCCCCGUAAGCAGUCGACAGGGACCUCCAGUGGAGAGAACAGCCGGCCCCAAAUCAGCCCGGCUGGAGCCCCACCGCCUCCACCAGGAAAGCCUCCCGCCACGGCCAACUUGGAGAGCGAGUUGUCAGGCCUGGGAGUUGUUGCAGAGCAGUUGAACCAGACCGAGCUGGCGGUGCUGCUCAACCUCCUCCAGGGACAGACGGACCUCAGCCUGCCCCAGGUGGCUCAGCUUCUCAACCUCUCUAAACCAGAGACACUCAGCCAGUCGUUGUCUGCCCUCAGUGAGGCCUCUGACCACCAGGGGGCGCCAGAGGACCAGGCCCAGUCUGCUCCCAGGUCUCAGCCCCCAGAGCCGCCUCCUGAACCCCAGGAACUCUCUCCGACAUCCGGAGACCCACCGCUCAGCCAGGAUGACCAGGCCAAGCUGCUGGCUCUCAUUUUGGGCCAUAUCAUUAAGCCACAAGCCGAGGAGCAAGCCGACGAGAGCAAUGGCGUCCAGUCAGAGGAGGCACUAAUGCGCGGUUCGUCCGCCUCUACUACUGAUCGCAAGGGUGGUGCAACAUCAAAGAAGAAACAGCUCGGGGUCAACCAGAUGCCUCCCUCUGGUGAGCAGCGUCCGCCCUCUCCACCCGGGCCCCCUCCAUCAGCGCCCCUUGGAAAUGCCCAGCAGGCUGGGUGUGCGGCCCAACCCAGCCAGGACAUCAGCCCUGCCAUGGCAGCUGCCUUGCUCCAGCUCAUCUCGCAGCAGGACUCUGAAGCUGGGGGCCCUCAGCGCAGCAAGGACCCCCCUCCUGCUGCGGGUGCCUCGGCCCGCGGACAGCCUCCUCCCUGGGUUGCAGACACGCCGCAGAAAUCUACGGCUGCAGCUGAUACCCCAGCAGGCCUGGGGAGUGCUGCUCCCGCCACUGCAGCACAGUUCCCGAAAGACCAGGACCUCCGCUUUUCUCACGGCGCUGCCCGCUGACCCUCAGUUCCCCCGGAGAGACGGACCUCGGUGUCCUGCGACGGUGACCCUGGCGUGAAGGAAAAGGCGGAGGGGCCCCCCCCCAGCUGAUUAUGACUCACUGGACCAUGAGCAGGUAGCUAAAGUUGAAUCAAAGAUUAUGAAAAUGAAUGUCUUAAAGAGAGCCCUUUUCAGGUCGUCACCACUUCCCCCUGAGCAGCUGUUGUGUUGCGAUGGAGGCCGUGUUUGGACCCGGGGUCGCUCUGACCUCUAACUACCCAUGAGGUGACAGUCGCCGCCUGCAAUCCCUCGCUCUUUCCUAUCCACUGACUUGAAUGAAGUUUAGCUUCCAAAUUGAGUGCCAUGCAGCGGACGCUCAACUUAGAAAGCAGCUGUGAUCUAUUUAUGUUCUCCCCCCCCCCCCCCCCCAAACAAAUGAUUGUCAUGUCCACUGCAGUGCCCACUUCUAACAAAGUUAGCAGUGUUUAGGGGGAGGAAGUCCCGGCCGUCCACUCCGAUGAAGUGGUGACGAUGACUGUGAUGGAAGCUAAAAUACCUGCGUGUGAAUAUAUUUAAGGCGGGAACACUGGAGCAACGCCGGCUGCCGCCCCUGUUUUCAGCCCAGUGCCUCCUUUGUGACCCCUGAAGGAUCUCGGCCUGUCGGGGCUGUGUGGGUUACGGUUCUACGGUUCUGCUCGGUAUGUACUACAACAGUGUACAUCUGCAGGGCUGUAUUAUUAUUAUUUUUUUACCCAAAGGCUAUUCCAUAUUAUAUUCUGUCUGUCACUCGGCUGAACUGCAACGUGUUCUCGGUCCAUGUGCAUUCUCCUUCCUUUGCAUACAGCACACCUCUGUGUCCUAACAAGCCUGGCCUGCAGUACUUUCCUGUCUGAAAUAUGGAUUUAACCACUAGAUUACAACGGACCUCUUUAUAAUACUCAAGCUAUUGAAAUAUAAAGCUAUAGAAACAUGUAUACACAGACAGAAACUGACUUAUUUGCCUUUUCCCAUUGGGCUGUGAACGCCUCCGUCAUCUCCUCCCUGACAACCUGUGCAACAAAAUAUUUUCUUUUUUUUUGCUGCUGUUAUUUUCUACAUAAAGAAAAUGUUUCACGCUUGAAAAAAAUGGUCCACGAUUCCCGUUUUCUUUGUUUGUUUUCUUUUGCUUUGGAAAAAGAAUGGGAGAAGAAAACGGUUUGGCGUGUCCGUAAAAAGAAACAAAUAUUUUGUAAUAUGUGUUGUCCCUGUUCAGUUGAUUAAAGGAAGUAAUGCGACCAGUUGAA